AUGUUUCUCAAUUUGACAUUUAUUUUAUUUUUCAUAACUAUAGAAGCAAAUGCUUAUUGCCCUUUUAAAAAAGCAUACGUCGAUGAUAUUUUAAUGAUAACAACUGAUGAUUACUUAUCUGUUGGGCAAGAUGAAACAUCCGAAGUUUGUGAAAUUGAAAUUCAAAGUCUAAAUGGAAAUCUUAUACUUGUUUCCAUUACCAAUUUCCUUAUGUUUUCCCAUAGAAGACCACGGAAUCCAAAUGAAAUUAUAUUACGAAACUCUGAUAUGCAGUUCAUUGUGGACAGCAAGCCAAAGGGUUAUCAAUUAAUGAAAACUCCAGUAUGGUUGACAAUUCCAAUGAAUCUGAAUUUCCGAUCGAUUUUAUUGUUUUCAAAUCCAAAGGAAUGCUCUUCAUAUGAGUCUAUCAGAUGUCCAGAAUACAGCCUAUGCUACAAUUGCUCCAAAUACUGUUUUUCUUCGAGUCUAGAAUGUGAUGGAUUGGAUACUUGCGGAGAAGAUGAAUCAACUUGUGCAUUUAUUACUCCACGUACACCUCACACUUCAUACAGAUAUGGUAGAGAUGCUUUAUCAUCAAGUCAGAUUAUGUUAAUUGGAUUCUUCGCUUUAAAUGGAUCAUUUAUAGUAUUCUUUCUGAUAUUAUCACUAUGUUCUGCCGGAUUGUUCUAUCGUUGCCCAUUUUAUGCCAAAAACAGCAACGCGUCUCGGCACACUUUUAUUCGAUAUCUUCGACAAGCAAUUCCUCCUGCACUUGCUCCACCACCUUCAGUUCAAGGGGACCAACCAAAAGAUGAAGGAGAAAAGACAUUAACUGUUCCGUCUACACCUACAGGUCAUACACGACAUCGUCAUUCAAUUCUGAGCAGGAUUAAUUUUCAACCUGCUCCUGCUUUGAGUGAAAUUGAACCUGAAGUGGAGGACAGAGAGCAAUCACCACAAGAAUCAAUUUGUGAACCACCUGCACAUCAGCCAGAAGUAUUCCUUCGACGGCAAAGUCUUCCAUUUGGACUCACUGCAGUUCCAGUCUCAAAUGAUUUAAAUUCCAAAACUGAUGAUAAACGAAAUAGAUUCGCUUCAAGAGCUAUGUCUUUUCAACAUUAAAUGAACUUAUUUGUAAUAAAGCUUUU